CUAGCGCUCGGCGCCGCUGCGGUCGGAGCGGGAACUACAGGAGCGGCGCUCUGGGAAGAGCACAGCUGUCAGAAGCGUGCGGGAGACCACACUUAACAAGCUCAGAGCUGCUCGCGGACCUCAUCUGUUUGCCAGUUUGUCUCCCAUCCAACAGCAUGGCUCGUGGACACCAGAAAAUCCAGUCUCAGCAGAAAAACGCCAAGAAGCAGGCAGAGAUCAAGAAAUCCAAAGGCCACGACCAGAAGACCGCGGCGAAAGCGGCGCUGGUGUUCACAUGCGGCGUCUGCAGGUCGCAAAUGCCAGAUCCUAAGACCUUCAAGCAGCAUUUCGAGAGCAAGCACCCCAAGAACCCUCUUCCCCCAGAGCUGGAAGGAGUGGAGGCGUGAGCGGCGCCGGACACCAGAGGUCGAUCGUAUAAAACAUCACUAUAAGAGUCCUGAUCUCCAAUUUUAUCCAGCAGGACACGAUCAGCUCUCUUACCUGAGUUUUAUACACGCAUCUUCCCCUUCACUGCAGACACGAAUCCCGUGGAUCAAAGACUGAUGACGAUUAGCUUCCCUCUCAACACUGUUUCAGAGCACUUGCCUUGGCUGCGAUCAGAUCAGAGUAUUACCUCAACCUGCGCUCACACGCUUUCUUUUCUCAUCUAACUCGCGUAAUUUAAUAGAUCGAGAGAAACUAGAACACUACCAGUGAUCGUCAGCUGAUCAUCAGUAACAUAAUUGUGGUAGUUAGGGACACGUUUGUCUGCUUUUGCUUGGUAGAUAAGUCAUAGAUGAGUGCAAAUGGACAUGGGAGCGGUUUCCCACUACUUGACGUUUAGCCUGGGCAAAAACGUUUUCCCGUUCUUUAUUUUUCCUCAUUUACUCCUUUCGUUUUCCACCGAUGGUCCUGUACGCUGAAACUGGAAUCUGACGCAUUUCUGUAAAUCACUGGAUGUGCCCGAGGCUACUGUAUUUUAAUUUAAUGUUGCUGCAAAAGUUAUUUCUCUUUGGAGUUGUCUCAAACAAUAUCGCCUCAGUGUUUGAUAUUCCUGCUCAAGCAACCUGGUUUCCACACCAAUGUAAUAUAUCUCUUUAAUAAAAUUUUACUUUAAGACUA